AUGCGUCGACUCAUCUACCUGAUAGCUGUUUUCAGCACCACCGUUCUCGGCGAUGCCUGCUGGCGCGACAGCCAUUGCACGGGGCCUGAGCAAGCGGCCUUCCCCGGGCCCUGGGACGAGAACAAUUUCGCCCCGACAUCUCGCAUUGUCCGUCCCAGAGAUGUCUUUCCGCUGGCAGAUCCUCAGAACGUGCUCAAAUACGACGCAAAGAAUGUUGCCCUUGACAAAGCCACCCCCGCCCUUCUCGUCGACUUUGGUCUGGAGGUGGGAGGCCUGGUAACAUUCAAUUAUACCCUAUCAGGCUCUGCACUCACCUGCGGGCUGGCAUUCACCGAAGCAAAAGACUUCAUUGGAACCGAGUCCGACAGUCCCAGAGGCGACGGAACGAUCGACGGAGCAGUGUACGCACAACUCGACGAGCGAGGCAAUGGUUCAUAUUCCAUGCCACCGGCCAAAUUAAGAGGUGGCUUUCGAUACCUCACCCUCUUCGUGAACUCAACGUCGAAUUCAAGUCUAGCAAUCACCGACCUCGCCCUAGAACUCUCCGUUCAACCAACCUGGUCCGACCUCCGCGCGUACCAAGGAUACUUCCAUUCCGACGACGCCCUGCUCAACAAGAUCUGGUAUGCCGGGGCGUGGACGUUGCAGACGAACACGAUUCCCGGGGACUGUGGGCUGAGAACGCCAGAUGGAGAUGGCUGGGAUAAUGUCGAGGUUUUGACUGAUGCCGAGACGGUGCUUGUGGACGGAGCCAAGCGCGAUCGGUUCAUAUGGAAUGGGGAUAUGGGGCACGGCGGUUCCGAGUGUGUUUCGUACCACCUCUGGAACCUCAUCGGCACUUACAACUAUCCUCUCUACUCUGGAGAUGUCGACUUUGUGACGGAGAUCUGGCCGAAAUACGUCAAGGGAAUGAACCAUUCCUUGUCCCUGCUUACGGAGUCAGGGAUCGUCAAUGUUACCGGAGAGGAUGACUGGGGCAGAUUCGAAUACUCGACCGAGCGAUGCUCCGCUAGUAUGCUCCUAUACCGCGCCCUCGAAACCGGAGCAACCAUCGCAUCCUGGAUCCCCGAUCUCUCUAUCGAUACAAACUACACGCAGCAAUACCUCGCCCAAGCAAAGACCCUUCGAAAAUCCAUCCUACGCGAAUUCUGGGACGAAUCCACCGGGGCAUUCACAGACAGCCCCGGCUCCAAUCUCCACCCCCAAGACGCCAACGCCAUGGCUCUCGCCUACAACGUUGUCACCGACACCCAAGCAGACCUCGUUUCAGAAUACCUCACAAGCCAAUGGACGCUCAUUGGUCCCGCAUUCCCUGAGCUCCCCAACAACAUAUCCCCGUUCAUCUCGAGCAUCGAACUCGAAGGUCACUUCCGCGCGGGGAGACCCGAUCGCGCACUCGAGCUGAUCCGAUCACUCUGGGGGUGGUACAUCCAACACGAGAACGGAACGCAGUCCACUGUUCCAGAAGGAUACCAUGUCAAUGGUUCGUGGAGCUAUCGCGAGGAACGGAGCUAUACGAAAGGCCAGCCGUAUGUGUCUCAUGCGCAUGGCUGGGGCGCGGGUCCAACGUCCACCUUGACGGAGUAUAUGGUUGGAUUGCGCGUGACGAAGCCGGCGGGGAGCGAGUGGGUGCUGAGCCCUGGGGUGUCUGAUCGUGGGUCGUUUGAGGCUGGGUUUUCGACUUCGUUGGGAAGGUUUUCGGCGAGGAUUGUGGUUGAGGAUGAGGAGGUGACUGUGGGAUGGGAUUCGCCGGAGGGGACUGUAGGGAUUGUUCAGGUUCCUGGGCGAGAUUCGGUGAUUGUAAGGGGUGGGAAGGGUGAUUUGGUUGCGUCUCUGUAG